UUGUAACGGUGGCAGACUUGGUAACUGAUUUAAGAUCUUAGAAUCAAGAAAAUGAAGGGAACUCACUUGUUUGUAACGGUGGCAGCGUUGGCCUUGGCUUCAACACUUAUUGCUUAUGCAUCAGACCCCAGCCCUUUGCAAGACUUUUGUGUUGCUGUAAAUGACUCCAAAUCUGGUGUGUUUGUGAAUGGGAAGUUUUGCAAGGACCCGAAGCUAGCUACAGCUAAAGAUUUUUUCUUUUCUGGGCUCCUUAAGCGGCAAAGUACAGCAAACCCGCUCGGCUCAACUGUGACUCUCGUGAAUGUGAUGCAAAUACCAGCCCUUAACACGCUUGGUAUCUCCUUGGCGCGCCUCGACUUUGCUCCCAACGGGCUUAACCCGCCACAGACACAUCCUCGCGCAACCAUGACCAUUGUUGUCUUAGAAGGUGCCUUGUAUGUUGGCUUCAUCACCUCUAGUCCAGAAAAUCGUCUCUUUGCCAAAACACUCUAUCCGGGAGAUGUUUUCGUGUUUCCAGAGGGUCUCAUUCACUUCCAGCUUAAUGUGGCAAAGACUAAUGCCGUUGCAAUUGCUGGUCUAAGCAGCCAAAAUUCUGGGGUCAUUCAAAUCGCAGAUAAUGUGUUUGGGUCGAAUCCAAAGAUUGACCUUGAUGUUCUAACCAAGGCAUUCCAUCUGGACAGGAAGGUGGUUGACUAUCUCCAAGCCCAUUUCUAGCUCUUGGUUGGACAACAAUCGGACAAAAAUUGAACCUUUGAUUUAUUCCUUAAAAAAAUAAAAGAACCCACAUACCUGUCUAUUGCUUGAAAAUUAAGCAGGCAACAUGUCUAAAGUCUGCCAAUAGUUAAGGUUGUCAUGAAUAAGUGGGUUCAUAGAAUACUAGUGUUCUUAUUUGGAAUUCUUUGUUGUGAUCCGAUAAUAAAAUUAAUUUUUUGUUUGUCUA